AUGCCACCUCCUCUCCUCCUCUUCUUCCUCCUCUUCCUUACACCCGAGGGAGUCAGGCCCCAGGAAACACUGCAGGUGGAGGCUAAAGAGGGAGGCAAAGCUGAGCUGCCAUGCCUCAAAGUUCCCUCAGAUGGUCCCCUUGAGCAGCAGGCCUGGUUUCAGGGGGCUCAGUCAGAGCUGGGCCUCUGGUCACAAGGCCUGGGCAUCCGGAAGGGGUCUCUGGGCAUCCAGCUGUUCGUCUUCAACGUCUCUGACCAGAUGGGGGGCUUCUACUUGUGCCAGCCAGGGCCCCCUUCCGAGCAGGCCUGGCAGUCCGGCUGGACAGUCAGCGUGGAAGGCAGUGGGGAGUUCUUCCGGUGGAAUGCUUCAGCCCUAAAUGACUCAGGCUGUGGCCUGGGGAACCGACCCUCAGAGGGCCCCAAGCCCUCUUCUCGUUACCCCACAAGCUCCCAGCUGUACGUGUGGGCAAAAGACCACCCUGAGAUCUGGGAGACAGACCCUGAAUGUGCCCUGCCCCGGGGCACUCUGAACCAGAGCCUCAACCAAGACCUCAUCGUGGCCCCUGGCUCCACAUUCUGGCUGCCCUGUGAGGUGCCCCCUGCCUUCGUGGCCAGAGGCCCCAUCUCCUGGACCCACGUGCGCCCCAAGAAGCAUAACAUCUCCUUGCUGAGCUUAGACCUGAGGGAGGAUGCCCCAGGCAGAGAGAUGUGGGUCCUGGGCACCCUCAGCGGAGGGGCUGUUCUGUUGCUGCCCCAGGCCACAGUUCGAGAUGCUGGUACCUAUCGUUGUUACCAUGGCAACAGGACCGUUGUGAUGCAGCUGAAGGUCAUUGCCCAGUCAGUCUUGUGGGUGUACUGGCUGCUGGAGACUGGUGGCUGGAAAGUCCCUGCUGUGCCAUUACUUUAUCUGAUCUUCUGCCUGGGUUCCCUGGUGAGCUUUCUUCAUCUUCGAAGAGCCCUGAUCCUCAGGAGGAAAAGAAAGCGAAUGACCGAUCCCACCAGACGGUUCUUCAAAGUGACGCCUCCCCCGGGAAGCGGGGCCCAGAAUCAGUACGGGAACGUGCUCUCCCUUCCCACGCCCACCUCUGGCACGGGACGCGCCCUGAGGUGGGCUGCAGGCUUCGGGGCCGCCGUCCAGUCUUACGGAAGCCCGCGCAGCGACGUCCCGGAGGCUGGAGCCGCGGGGUCUCGGAGCCCGCCGCCGGCAGGCCCAGAAGAAGAGGAAGGGGAGGCCUAUGAAGAGCCAGACAGUGAGGAGGGCUCCGAGUUUUAUGAGAAUGACUCCAACCUCGGGCAAGACCAACUCUCCCAGGAUGGUAGCGGCUAUGAGAAUCCUGAGGAUGAGGCCUUGGGUCCUGAGGAUGAAGACUCCUUCUCCACUGCUGAGUCUUACGAGAAUGAGGAUGAAGAGCUGGCCCAGCCAGUCACCAGGACAGUAGACUUCCUGAGCCCCCGUGGGUCAGCCUGGGACCCCAGCAGGGAGGCAACCUCUCUUGGCUCCCAGUCCUACGAGGAUAUGAGAGGGAUCCUGUAUGCAGCCCCCCAGCUCCGCUCUGUUCGGGCGCAGCCUGGUCCUAGUCAUGAGGAAGAUGCAGACUCCUAUGAGAACAUGGAUAAUCCCAAUGGGCCAGAACCAGCGUGGGGAGGAGGGGGUCGCAUGAGCACCUGGAGCACGAGAUGAUUCCCUUCAGCCUGGGCCUCCUUAGGCUCCUCCUGAGAUCUGUACCUGAUCCUGAAAUCUGGGACCCUAAGCAGACAGCGUCAACGUCUGGAGCAGCAUUGCCUUGGAUGUGUGUAUCUGUGUGUGUGUAUGUGUGUGCGUGCAUAUGUGUAAACCAAUGAAUCUUGGGCUCCCCUUGCACUCCUCCAAUAAACUCAAUGACUUUUUCCAAUCCUA